AUGCUCAGCGGUGAUCAUCAGGAGUCUGAUCUCCCCUGGGGACACACGGACACCCUUCUGGACUCCCUCGGUGCGCAGUGUGGGUCCAUGCCGGUCGGAACCCACGAUGGAGAGGCCAAAGUGCGUUCCAAGGAGGAGAAGAGGCGCAAGAGGCGCGCCACAGCCAAAUAUCGAUCUGCGCAUGCCACCAGGGAACGGGUCCGUGUAGUAGCCUUCAAUGUGGCCUUUGCAGAACUAAGGAAACUGCUCCCAACGCUCCCGCCAGACAAAAAGUUGUCCAAGAUUGAAAUCUUGCGACUCGCGAUUUGUUACAUCUCAUAUCUCGACCACGUGCUGGACAUUUAG